AAAUGUCUGCCUGUAUUGCAGUAAAAAAAUAGCUUGAUGAAAAUAAGUAUGUUAAAUGCAUCCUAUGUUAAAUGAGUAUAUAAUAAAAUAGCUUUUGAAGUGCAAAACAAUUGUGAUUAUUUGUGACAAAUUACUUGGCGGAACAGUUUAUUCACGUAAAUCUCUUUCAUUACUCUUCUUCGCUUCUUUCAUUUAGACAAACGCUGCUUAAGUCUGAAAAGACUGGAAGUCAAAUAAAUUGACGGUGACUGGACACUGACAUUGACAUUUAACAAACACAAGUGACAGUUGUUUAUUUUCACACAGAUUUCUGUUUUCCCAUGUGACAAUUUUUUGCCGCAAGUGUGGAAAAUCUUAACAUUUACGUACAUUCGAUGUAUAUAUUUUAGGUAGUUGAAUACUAAUUGUCAAAUCAAAAUGGAAGUUACAAGAAAAAACUUUAUUGAAGAAUUGGAAAAUGUAAAACGAGAUUUAUCAAAAUGUUGUUUUGUUGGUUUUGACGCUGAAUUUACUGCCCUUCUCACUGGAGAGUGCUUUAAACACAGAUUAUUUGACACAAGUGAAGACAGAUACAAUAAAAUCAAGAACGAAGUGAGCAACAUGAUAAUGACACAAGUCGGCCUCACCAUGUUCGAGUAUGAUAGAGACACGGACUCAUACACAGCCACCGGAUACACAUUCCAUCUGUGUCCACAAGUAGUUGCAGAUAUUGAUCAGUCAUUUAUAUUCCAAGCCUCUACACUUAACUUUCUCUGCCAGCAUAAGUUUGAUUUUAAUAAGUUUACUUAUGAAGGGCUUCCUUAUCUAAGUAAAGUAGAAGCAGUCAAAGUCCAAACAUAUCUUGAAAAUGGCCUAUUACUCAAAGAUCAUGCAAGAACAUUAUCAAUGGAUGAGGAAAGACAGCUGCAACAGUACUGCUCUCAAGUUUCUAAAUGGCUGAUACAAAAUGAGGAAGACACAAUAUACUUGGACGUGGAGAGCCCUGUCCUGCGAUACCUCACUCACAUGGAGAUCAGGUCGCGGUUCCCGAAGGUCCUCACUACGGAUAGUUUAGGUAAUAGUAAGAAGGUGCUUGUGUACAGACAUGAAUCAGUCGCAGGCGCAAACAACGCUCCAGAAUCACAACUACAAGAAAAUCUAAUGAAACAUCUCCUAGGAUUCUCACAAGUGAUAGCAUUGCUUGAAACUUCGAAGAAGCCAAUUGUUGGCCACAAUAUAUUCCUUGACACCAUACUACUACACAAUCAGUUUAUCGGACCACUACCACAAGAAUACACAAAGUUCAAGCAAAACAUUCACAAAACGUUUCCCUUCCUAUUUGACACCAAAUACAUAUCCUACGAGAUGUCUAGAAAACUCAGUUACCGUGAAGUUUGGAAGUCGAACAACUUACAAGAUUUGUAUGAAUUUUUCUCGGAAGGCAAAUGUAAGCAGUUACGGAAAGGAGUCAAUCAUAUAAAGCUGAGCCGAGAAUUCAAAGACAAUCAGACCUACCAUGAGGCGGGAUGGGAUUCGUAUUGUUCAGGGUACUGCUUCGUCCGGCUGGGGCACUGGAUCGCCAGCGAGAACCGCGGCAGCUACACAACCGUCGGGCCCACUGAGACGCUGACAGCCUUAGCGCCAUACUGUAACAAGAUCAACGUCAUACGAGGCGCUAUUACUUAUAUGAGUUUCGCGGAAAACGAUCCGCCGCGGCAUCGGCCGCCGUUGCUGCACGUCAAGGCGCUUGCGCAGCGGACCAUCAACAUUGGACAGGUGGCUUCGGCGCUCGCGGGCUUCGGUAAUAUAGAUGUGAAGCCUCACGGACGACGAACUGCCCUCGUUGCCGCUGUUACACACCAAACCGUUGAAAACAUUCUCAAGAACUUCAGGCAUAGUAAAGAAUACAGGAUAUCAAAGUACAGCGUGUACAGGCACUCGGCGGCAGGGACUGUGGUGGUCUGGAGCGGUGCCCUCAUCACUGGCAGUUUAAUGCUGUAUUUCCUACACAAACAGUUAAAAUAACCUUUAAAUACCUCAAAGUAGUGUAUAAAAUUUUGCUUUGCUCUUGAUAAAAAUAUUUUAAGGUCAAUGGGCAUUUGUUUUUUCUAAUAAAGUGCCUGUUAUAGCAGGCAUACAGUCUCUAUAUUUUUGUUAUAGAUAGUCAUAUUUUAUUAAACUUAAUUACAUUUUAAGUAUACCUACUUUUUGUAUAUAAAUAAGAUAUCCUUCCGCCCUUCGUCCAUUAGCGAUAAGAGUUGUUGUGCCAAGGUUAAUUCAAAUAAAUCAUAGAUCAUA